UUGACGGGAAGGGAAAGGCCUUUCGACCAAUGAUUGUGGUGCUAAUGGCAAGGGCUUGCAACAUUCAUCAUAAUAAUUCCAGGAAGUCCCGUCUACUGACAUAAUUAAUGAAAAAGGGAUCCCCAAAAAGGAGAGGAAUGCAUGAAAGAGGCUGGAGACCUUUACAGUUGUAUGAAGGGAGAUGCAAGCAAGCCAGCGCUCUGUGGCCGUAAUUGCAGAGAUGAUCCACACAGCUAGUCUAGUUCAUGAUGAUGUUAUUGAUGAUGCAAAUUCUCGGAGAGGAAAAAUGACAGUAAAUCAAAUCUGGGGAGAGAGGAAGGCUGUUCUAGCUGGUGAUUUCAUCCUCUCAGCUGCUUCCGUAGCUUUAGCACGAAUUGGAAAUACAACUAUCAUCUCUGUUUUAACUCAGGUGAUCGAAGAUUUGGUGCGUGGUGAAUUCCUCCAGUUGGGUUCCAAGGAAAAUGAAAAUGAGAGAUUUGCUCACUACCUCGAGAAGACUUUUAAGAAGACUGCAAGUCUUAUAGCGAACAGUUGUAAAGCAGUUUCUAUUCUUGGCUGCCCUGAUCCCAAAGUUCAUGAGAUUGCAUACCAGUAUGGGAAGAAUGUUGGCAUAGCUUUUCAGUUAAUAGAUGAUGUGCUGGAUUUUACAUCAUGUGCUGACCACCUGGGGAAACCAACAACAGCAGACUUGAAGUUGGGAUUAGCCACAGGCCCUGUCUUGUUUGCUUGUCGACAGUUUCCAGAAAUGAAUGCUAUGAUAAUGAGACGAUUCAGUAAGCCAGGAGAUGUUGAACGUGCUCGGAAAUAUGUACUGCAGAGUGACGGUGUGCAGCAAACGACCUACCUCGCCCAGCGCUACUGCCAUGAAGCUACAAGAGAGAUCAGUAAACUACGGCCAUCCCCUGAAAGAGAAGCCCUCAUUCAACUGACAGAAAUGGUACUCCUGCGAGACAAGUGAGAACUCCUUCCACUUGUUCAGGCAGCUACUUACCAGACUGUGCCUAAAUUUACUUUGAAAAGGUUAUUUGCUUCCAAUAUAGGCUACCAAAAACUAUUUUUUUAAAAACUUUUUUUUGGAAAAUUUUUUUAAAAAAAAGUUUAGUGUUUUAUUGUAGGAAGCCGUACAACUCAAAACAAAUCAAUCUGUGUUGUACAAGUGUUUUAGUGGGAGCUCUUAAUGGUGAGGGUUGGGAAGAUGUUUACAUGUUGAUGCAUAAAGGCCACAGUAAGAAUAAAUACAAUCAGUGUAUCAGAACUGAAGUUGCUUCAAAUUUCACUCAUGUUUACACUAAUAAACAGAGCAUGCAUGUUUCCAUCUGGUAAA